UGAGCAUAUCGUGUGUGAAUGGUGUAAAGAAGGCAAUUAGUUUUGUGUUCUUUGUAUAAUAAAUAUAAUAAAAAAUGUUUUAAUUAAGUGAAUAAAUGUAAAAUAAAUAUGCAUCUAAAGAUUUGUCUUUAGUGUUAACAGAAAAAAAACUUUGUAAAUUUGUAUAUUCAUCAACUUGUAAAAAAUAAUCAUCAUUUAAUUAUUAGUAAUCAUUUUUGUAUUAUAAUAAAAUAAAUUUUGUGUGAAAAAUCUCGCAAAAUACAUAAUUUCUCGUUGAAGAAGGUUUCUUACUCAGUUUCAAAACAAAAAUAAGAAAUUUAUUCGAAGAAAAAUUAUAACAAAUCGUUCGUUUUAUGUAGUAUAAAAAUCCCGCGUACGUGUCGUCCUUAAAUUUCGAUUUGUUCGUUCUGUAAAUUUGAUGUAGUUAUACACAAAAAAAAAAAAAUAUAUAUAUAUGUAUAUUGUCGCGAUUCUAUGAAAACAUAAAUACAAAAAUUGUAUCUGCUUUGUUUAAAAAUAAUAAUUUAAAUAAAAAAGUUAAAAUUAAAAAGGUUUUACUAGUUGUAAAAUCAAGCGAAUUCAAAUACAAAAAAGAAUUCGUAAUAUAUUUUAAAUUAAAAUAAAAGUUUAAUAAAAACCGCCAAAAUAGAGCUGUUACCAACGCCGACUAUUUCCAUUUCCACGGUUGCGCCGCCAACGCCAUCGCCCCACCACUCUCCCUUCUAUCAGUUACAACAUAAUUUCUUGCUGAACUCGUCGUUUCAGCAGUAUCAACAGCAGGAACAACAACAACAGCAGCAACACAUGAAGUUAUUGGGUGGUAACGAUGAUCGUAAUGGGCGCGGCGAUCAAACUGUACCGCGUGUACAGGAGGAUGCAGCCGUUGGAUAUGUUUUCCAACGUCCAUCGCCUGGCGCACCCGGCUCAUCUGCCCAUGAUGCUGUAGCUGCUGAAUAUGCAGCGCAAUUCGCGCAGAAGCAAGCACGUUGGGCUUGCGGCGAUGAGCAUUCAAUCGAUAACCCUGAUAAGUGGAAAUAUAAUCCUCCAAUGAAUCCAUCAAAUGCUGCACCUGGUGGGCCAGGUGGACCUGGUACUAUAGGCCCAAUUGGCAUGGGUGCUGGUAUAGCCAGUAUUGGAACUAAUGGUGGCUUACAUCCAUCAAUGGGCGGCCCAACACAAAUGGGUAAUUCACCAGCUGCUAGUAUGGCUGCAAUGCAACAAGCUGCUGCUGUUGCCAAACAUAAUCAAAUUUUGAAUCAAGCUGCCGCAGUUGCUGCCGCUCAACAGCAACAUCAACAACAACAGCAACAACAACAGCAGCAGCAACAACAACAGCAACAACCACCACAUCCAGCACAUCAACAACAACAACAUGGCGGACAUGGACCACAUCCAAGUCAAAUGCCAUCACAUCAAUUCAAUUCAAAUCUACUUAAUCAUGCUAUGAAUAAUCCAGCAGCUGCUGCUGCAGCCGCAAUGUCUGCUAUGCCGCAUAUGCAAUUACCAGCUAUGCAAGCCGGUAACAUUUACGACCAUCCUGGUUUACAUCCAGGUGUCGGCAUGAAUGGUGUGCCUAAACCACCGCCACCAGGACAACCAGGACCAGGCGAAUUAGUAUAUUUAGGUGGACAACCACAUCCAAUGGGCAUGUUGCCACAAAAUCAAUUUAUGAGUAAUGCCGCAGCGGCUGCAGCAGCCGCAAAUCGUAAUGCAGCAGCGAUCACCACAUCCACUGCCAAGAAACUUUGGGAAAAGUCUGAUGGCAAGGGUACUACUUCGGGCAGUAUGUCUGCCGGCCCCCUUAACCCAUUACAUAUAUCUGGCGUUGGGGAUCAUCAUGUUUGGAAGGAUUCAACUUGGUCGACACAAGAAAACAUUUUAGCUCCACCAAGGCCACGAACUUUUCCACAAGCUCCAGAUACGAAUUCUAGCACUAAUGCUGGUAUUUUAAGCCCACGUGAUUCAACUAGCGGUUUGGGUGUGAAAAUGGUUGAAUACGUUUUGGGAGGUUCUCCAACCAAUAAAGAAAGUCCACUUUCAGGACUAGAACCGCGCUUGAGGGGACUCAAAUUUGAUGAUAACGAUAAAUCUCAUGAUGAUAAAGAAAAAGCAAAUUCUCCGUUUGAUACGAACGGUUUAAAGAAAGACGACCAAGUCACAAACUCGAAUGGCGUUGUCAAUGGUAUCGACGACGAUAAAGGAUUCAAUCGUACUCCUGGUUCUCGUCAACCCUCACCAGCCGAAGAAUCUCUGCCACGGCCACCCACAUUACUCGAUCCAACUCAACAUGGUGGCUUUCCACCACAUGCAUUCAAUCACAUGCUUGGUUCAAUGGAUCAUCAAGGUCCAAAUACACAAAUGAAUUCGUAUCCACAUCAUCAAAUGCCACAAAUGAGCCAACUACAGCCACCAGUUAUGAAUGGCGUAGGUGGUAUGCAAAUGGCACAGUCCCCUAUGAUAAAUCAUCAGGCACAAGGUCCGAAUCAAAUUGAAUCUCCUGGAAAUUUGUUACAACAACAACCACCAAAUUUUGAUGUACAGGUAAGUGACGAUGUGCUUUCAAUUGCCUUGAGUCAAAAUCAACAAUUAUUCCGCUCACAGAACCCUGGACUUGCUGCUGCUACAAAUGCUGCUGCUGCAGCUGCAGCCGCCACAUCCGGCGCACCACCUGGCGUACCAAAUGGUACCUUACAAUCACAGCAAAUGCAAAUGGCUGCCGCUUCACAACAAUUUUUGGCUGCACAAAAUGCUGCCUAUGCAGCACAACAAGCAGCACCAUACGUUAUCAAUCCAGGACAAGAAGCACCUCCAUAUAUGGGUGUGAUAGCACAAAUGCCACAGUACUAUGGUGUUCCAUGGAAUAUGUAUACGGGUAAUUUAAUACAGCAAGGCACACAACCAAGACGGCCAUUGACGCCAUCACAGCAGGGCGCGGAAAAUCAAUCUUACCAGGUCAUACCGGCAUUUUUUGAUCAAAGCGGUUCACUUGUUGUGGGACCACGCACAGGUACACCAAUGCCAAUUGUCAGCCCUGCGCCAGUAUUAGUGCCACCAGGAGCGGCACGCGCCGGACCGCCACCGCAGGGUCCACCACAAUUAUAUCCGCCGCAACCACAAACGGCGCAACAAAACAUAUACUCACAACAAAAUGGAUCAAGCGUCAGUGCACUUGCACUCAACACAUCCUCAUUGACAGGACGACGUGACUCAUUUGAUCGCACUACUUCCGCCUUUAGCCCAUCAGCUAUGGAUUACACCAGUAGUAGCACAAUAGCCGCAACUUCAGUAUCACAAGUAGCAGCAGCUGCAGCUGCUGCUGCAGCAGCACGUGCUAAAUGGCCAACAGUUACUAAUACAUAUGGUACAAUUGGUGCUACAGCUUCAGCGAGUCCUAUUGGUGCACCCAUAACUCCACCGCCGCCACAGUCGUGCCUAAUGACAAAUCGCGCACCAGGCGCUGAAACCAAAUUCCGCCAGCAAAUGGCAGUCGGCUUACCACCAGCAACUGCACAAGUUAUUGCUGCUGCUAACAAUAUGUUCGGUUCAAACAAUUCACUCUUCUCAAAACAUUUACCCAUUCCAAAUGCUACAUCAGCAGCUUUAGCAGCUGCAACAUCAAAUCGUUCAGCAGCACUUGCAGCCGGUGUUAAUCCUACUGCCGCAGCAGUUGCUGCAGCUGCUGUGCCAGGAGCACCACAACCAGGACGUUCACGCUUGCUUGAAGACUUCCGUAAUCAGUUAUAUUUAAAUUUACAACUGCGUCACUUGACGAAUCAUAUUGUGGAGUUCUCACAAGAUCAGCAUGGCUCUCGUUUUAUACAGCAAAAACUUGAACGCGCUACAGCUCCAGAAAAGCAAUUGGUCUUUAAUGAGAUACUCAGUGCUGCGUUCAGUCUAAUGACAGAUGUAUUUGGAAAUUAUGUUAUACAGAAAUUCUUUGAGUUUGGCACUCCAGAACAGAAGAAUACACUUGGCAUGCAGGUUAAGGGGCACGUUUUGCAGUUAGCUUUGCAAAUGUACGGUUGUCGUGUUAUACAAAAAGCUCUGGAAAGCAUUUCGCCUGAACAGCAGCAGGAGAUUGUACGCGAAUUAGAUGGUAAUGUUUUGAAGUGUGUUAAGGAUCAGAAUGGCAAUCAUGUAGUACAAAAGUGCAUUGAAUGUGUUGAUCCAUCUGCUUUGCAGUUCAUAAUUAAUGCUUUCAAGGGACAAGUUUAUUCGCUCAGCACUCACCCUUAUGGUUGUCGUGUUAUACAGCGCAUCUUAGAACAUUGCACUCCGGAACAGACUGCACCAAUUUUGGAAGAAUUACACGAGCACACUGAACAGUUGAUACAAGAUCAGUAUGGAAAUUACGUUAUACAACAUGUUUUGGAACAUGGCAAACCAGAAGAUAAAUCAAUUUUGAUUAGCAGCGUACGUGGCAAGGUGCUCGUUUUGUCGCAACAUAAAUUUGCUUCGAAUGUAGUUGAAAAGUGCGUGACACAUGCAACACGCGCCGAACGCACUGGUCUCAUAGAUGAAGUCUGUACUUUUAAUGAUAAUGCAUUGCAUGUUAUGAUGAAGGAUCAAUACGCUAAUUAUGUGGUACAAAAGAUGAUUGAUGUCUCAGAGCCAACACAAUUAAAGAAACUCAUGAAUAAGAUACGCCCACAUAUGGGAGCAUUACGCAAAUAUACCUAUGGCAAACAUAUCAAUGCCAAGUUGGAGAAAUAUUUUAUGAAAACAGCUAAUCCAAUAACAGCAACAGGCUCUACAGGUGUAGCAGCGAGUAGCACUGCACUAGGAGGUGCAGUCACUACAGCAACAACAACAGUUACAGGUGGUUUGGCAGCUAUGGUGGCUACAACAACAGCAACGAAUGUUGGUAAUGUUGUAGGUGCAGGCGCUAUGAACGGUAAUGGCAUAGUGCUACAAGAGAAUUGUAUUAAUGUAACAGCACCAGGACAAGCAUCACCUGCUGCUUCUUCAGCUGUAUCGACAAAUAGCAGCAGCGCUACAUCUGUAGUAACAGCUGUCAAUAGCGGUCUCGGACCCAUCGGUCCACCAACAACAAAUGGUGUUUUGUAAGCAGUUUAACAGCAAUAGCUUAAAUAGAACAAGAGCAACGGUUAAUAGAAAUUAGUAAAACAAUAAAGUAGUAAGCAGAAAUUUUUCGAAUAAAAUUUAGCUUAGAUAUUAGGUAUUAUAGUAUUUUAAAUAAAGCAGUAUGAAAAAAAUGAAAUGUGGUGAAAAUAGUAAGGAGUGGUGAAAAGAAAAAUCGUGGUGAAAAUAAUAGAGGGUGGUGAAAUUUGUAAUAUGUUGCUGUUUUAAAAAAUAAUUAAGGACUAAUUAAUUAAAUGUUUCCUUGUCAAACACCACAAUUUUUUUUAAUAUCGGACAGACACAAUUCAAUAAGUUUUAAUUAAAAUUUUAUUGACUACAUAAAUAGAUUGCUAGGUAUAAAACACAAUUUAUAUUUUAUAAAAGAGAAAUCGUUUCUAAUCGUUUCGCUGAGAAUACAAGAGAACACAAAAUAUGUAAAAAAAAUAUAAGCUUAGCUAAAUAAGUGUAAACAACUCUAAAGUAAGAGAAAAGUAGAUGUAGCAAUAGCAAUUAAAUCAGAAACAGAAAACAGAAAAUGCUAAUUGUAUUAUAAAUUGCGCUAAUAUAUUAAUAUAUAUAUACAUAAAUGUAUGGAUGUAUGGAUUAGUUUUUAGAUAAUUUGAUAUUAAUGUCUUUCUCCAAACUAUCUAAACUCCUUUCAGUCUUUAUAGCGCAAGAACUCAAGCAUUUUGCACGAUGAUGUGAACACUAUGAAUCAUAUAACAAGAAUAAGUCAAAAUUAUGUUUGAAACUGUUGAUUUCAGUGAACGCAAUUGAAAAAUCUUGAAAAAGUUCAAACAUUCGCACUGUAUUGCAUGCAAAAGCAAGAUAAAAAUCUUUUCAAAUUUAUAUUUAUUUUUAUUUUUAAAAAAUUUUUUGAAACUACUUAUAUGUUAUGUAUGUUUUAAUUGUACAAUUUUUGUAAUUUAUUA